AUUUGUUAUGCAUAAGCAGCCUUUUAAAUAGUCGUGGUUCUCGCUAAAUGGUCUCGAUUCUUCCGUCGUUCUUCAUGGUGGAACCUGGCCGACGCGCAGUCCAAAAAACUCAAUGACAAUCGUACCGAAAUAUCGCCAAAGUGGCACUGAGUUGCAGGUCCACAUCCCAUCUUUCGGGGUAAUCGACAAAGGUGUGGACCUAAAGUGGAAUAUUCUAUCAGGUGAUUUUUCCCCGCGAUUCGACAGAACUCGUACGGAGUGUAGGGCUAGGGCUUGGCUGGACUUGGCAUGGACUAUAAGUAUUCAGGCUAUUCUGUUCAAUUCCUUCCGGCCAAGUCAAGUUAAUUCUUUGAUCAAGACUGGACGAUGAAGACUUCGAUUGUUUCGGCUGCUGCCACGGCUUUGCUGUUUGGCAAUGCACAAGCUGGAUGGACUAAUGUUAGCGAAGUACCUUUGUAUGGCCUCAGUGAACCCGUCUAUCCAACUCAUAUUUCAACUCUCAAUUGCACUUUAAACGGCCGCUAAUCGAGUUAUAGCACAAGGACUGGGUAGAACUUCGCCAAAAUGGGCCGCAGCUUACGAAAAGGCACAUGCCUUCGUCGCUCAACUAACACUUGAGGAAAAGGUCAAUAUUACCAUGGGAUUUGAAGACGAUGUUUGCAUAGGAAACACUGGUUCAAUUCCACGACUUGGAUUCAAGGGUCUUUGUUUAGAAGAUGCUCCUGCCGGUAUCCGUGGUCCGGAUUUCGUCUCUGCCUUUCCAGCUGGGAUGCAUCUCGCUCAGACCUGGGAUAAGAAGUGGAUGUACGAGUAUGGAAAGGCACUGGGUGAAGAGUACUAUGGUAAGGGUGUCAAUGUUGCACUCGGCCCAGUUGGUGGUCCCAUGGGUAGAAUUGCACGAGGAGGAAGAAAUUGGGAGGGUCCUGGCGCGGAUCCAUACCUCACGGGCAUUCAGAUGGAAGAGAUAGUUAAAGGAAUGCAAGGUGUGGGUGUUAUUGCUUGCUCCAAGGUACGUCAUAACAGUCCCUGUUAA